AUGAAAAGGAUCGUCAAAGGACUGCACGGUAAUUUGAACGAAAAUCUCGUAACCGGUUUGUUACUCAUUUAUCCAAGAUUUUACAUACAUCUGUUGGAGGCCCCGGAAGACGUAAUUUACAUGCAUGUCAAAGGCAUCUGUGAGAAUAAGAACGGAGAAGAAAAAUUUGGUAAGGCUAUUGUUUUACCGACGUAUCAUCACGUUAAUCACAGAUUUUUCAUCGAUUGGUUUCACGUUUACACGCUGGCACCUAGCUUAUUGGAAAGGAUAGAAAAGCAAACGCUAGAGGAUAUUAAAAGACAAAUUUCAAAUUGCUGCAUGAAAUUAUAUCAUCUGUGUGAUUAUAUAUCAAGAGUAAUGCGCGACGAUGCGAACGACGUUGUAGAAAUUUUAUUUAAUUUAAAUGAGAAAGUACCGCAAUAUCUUCCCGAAAGUACCGUCUUGGAAUUUUUAUUAAACGCAAAGUCAAGCGUAUUGAAGACCGUCGAAGAUUAUUUACGAGUUUACACCGAAGUACCAUUUAUAGAAUUUUACGAUGAUACUAUUUGGCCAGCUACGUCGGACAAUAUGCCUCGUUAUGGCGCGUUGAAGAAAUGCGUCGAUCGAGAAAAAGGCGAAGAUCCAAUGAGAAAGAAAACAUAGACUUGCGAAAUGUUCAAUUUAUAACGAAUUAUCAUCGAACGUGUUUUAUUUUCUAUUAUGUUAGUUAUAUCACGACGAGAAACGUAAGUAGGAGACUUUUCGAGCCUUGUGAAAUUUUUUGCGUUAACAUUUACGAGUUGAAAAUAAACGAUCAGAGUUAUUAUUCA